AGGAAAGUCAUUACGAUCGACUGUCAUGGGCACCGCCUCAAGCUGUAACCAAUGCUGUAAGUUCAAGCAAGUGCAGUAGCGUGUCAGCCCUUCUACCGGCGAAUACUAGUUGGAUCCAGUGCACACUGUAGACUUGCUAGCCACGUCGUUGGUCUUGGUAUAAAAUUUUGACCCUGUAUCGUUCUGGUUGCUAUAUGAUAGACGUUCUCAUGGCAGGACCCGUAUCGCGUUAACUUGGAUCACUACAAUCAAUUUAGACAUACUGCAAGCUUAUCCUGCUAGCUGUUUCACCGCAAUGAACUUCAAGCUUCAAGACUCGGCAGCACCGGUUGCACCAAUUAUCCCGUGAUUCCAUGCUUACCCGAAUUCCGGCUAUCGUCUCAUCGUUCUUAGCCCAGAUCGAGCACGUCGAGCUUCUAACGACUCAGAAUGAACGCCAGUAUGGCCUCGACAUACCCUUUGGAACCAACUCCUCCAUGGACAACUGUAAACCCUAGGCCGUUCUUGCCUUUUCGCACACGUUGCGGUAGCGAAGAGUUACCUUCAUUACCGUCGCCUCGGAACGAACUCUUCAACGACAAUUACGUUGUCAGUACCCACCUCGUACCUGCUGGUUGUCCAAGACUCACUCCGGACAUCCCAUUGCCUGUGCUCCCUAAUUUCUCGACGAAUAGCGCAGAACGGAAACGGGAUAUCGAGCAGCUUCUUGCUGAAAUUAAUGAGCGACAAGCGCGCUUCGUGAGUGGGGAGUUAGGCGGAGAAAGAAGCGAGAAACCGUUGUGGAAUUGCGUCAAUCGAUAUACCAAGAGAGUUCAAGAUGGGAGGAGGGGCUUGACGCUGUUCUUCGCUCACGCAAAUGGUUUUCCCAAAGAGAUAUGGGAAACAACUCUGCGCUAUUUACUAUCGUCACCUACAGCUUCACUGGUCGACGAGGUCUGGUCUUGGGAAGCUAUUCAGCACGGUGAUGCUGGACUAAUCAACGAGACAAGUCUCAGUGGCAUAUUUGAUUGGCGAGAUAACGCGCGGGAUAUUGCACACUUUCUGUUAUACUACCUACCGGAAGAUGCAUCUUCGAAGGUUUUACCGACGCAUCUACACCUUCUGCAGGAGACUAUCAGUGAAUCCAGGAAGACCGAGGGAUUGUCAUCCCGCUACCUGGUGGCUGUUGGACAUUCAUUCGGUGGCUGCUCUUCCGUACUAGCGGCUGUCAAUUUCCCUGCACUGUUCUCCUCCAUCAUUCUCGUAGACCCUGUUAUUAUCAAUGGUGGCUAUUCCUCACAUUUCAAUAGGCUCACAUUAGCUGCCCUCAGCAGGCGCGAACAUUGGCCAUCACGUGAGGAGGCAUUACGCUUGUUCAAGGCCUCUCCAUUCUUCAGAGCUUGGCAUCCUGAUACCCUGCAGCUUUAUGUUACAUAUGGUUUGACCAAGGAUUCACAAGGGGGUGUGAAGCUAAAGAUGUCAGCUCUGCAAGAGGCUUUGGUGUUUUCAGAUCGUAUAGGAUCACGUGAAGCAUGGGAACUGCUGGAAAAGGUGGACGAGCGAAUAGAAUUACGCUGGAUUGUUCCAGGGAAGCCCGGAGACAAGGGAAUUAUGGGCGAACAAGCGACGAGGGUGCGAGUAUGGCGAAGACCGGCUAACUCCUCUAACGUGGUAAUUUACUCAGCUGGACAUCUGAUUGCGCAGGAAUCACCAGAGGAGCUUGGUAAAUGAUAUUUUAUGUUUACAACAAUGUUCACGUCAUAAUUUUUUUCUAGCCCAAGAAAUAUCAGCUUUCCUGGAGACAAAGUACAGGCCAUGGAGUAGAGCAUACCUAUGAUAUCCUUUACGGUGAUAUUUGAAUUUGCAAACAAGACAUACCUGAAACAAACAUAGAUAGUUGACGUUC